AUGCUAUUAAAAGUAGGUGACUGUUUUAAUUCUUUGCAAGAAUUAGAACAAAAAGUUUCAUCCUAUGAAAUUGAAUCGUGUGUUUCUCUUUAUAAGAGAGAAAGUAGGACGAUUGAGUCAGCUAGGAAAAAAGGAAUUGAGAGGUUAAUUAAAGAAAGUUUAAUGUUUUAUACAAUACAUUAUGCAUGUUAUCAUGGUGGAAAGAAUUUUAUUAGUAAAUCAACUGAAAAACGCCCAAAUCAAAGCACAUUCCAGAUGAACUGUACAUUUGGAAUUUGGUUUAAAGUGACUGAUGAUGGAAUGCAGUUUUGUGUUGACACGAUGAUGUUAGAGCAUAACCAUGAUAUUGAUCGAGAGUUUUUUAACAACCUCCCAAAAAGAAGAAAACUAACUACAGAAGAAGAGCAAGAUGUUUCGAGAAUUUUAACUAUGCAUGGAAACAAGUGGCUAAUAAAAGAUCAAAUACUAAAAGAAACAGGUAAAAAAGUCACUUUGAGAGAUCUUCAUAAUUUAGCUGCUAAGCAAAAAAGUACUAAUAACAUGGAUUCUCUUUUAGCAGUUUUUAGUAAAUGCAAUAGACCCAAUCUUGAAAUUAAAGCAGAUGAGAGCGGAGUAUUAAAUGGCAUUUUUUAUCAAGAUGCUGAAAUGAAGAGGUUCUUUGAUCAAUAUCCUGAAUUAGUUUUAAUGGAUACAACUUACAAACUGACCAAUUUGAGAAUGCCACUCUAUAUAAUGCUUGUUGUUGGACCAUAUGGUGAGAGUGAAAUUUUAGCAAUAUUUCUAACAGCAACUGAAGACUCAGUAACACUUAGUGCUAUGCUAGAUAUUUUUAAAGAAAAAAAUCCAAACUGGAAUUUAAUUUCAACUGUUUUUACAGAUAAAGAUUUGACGGAAAGGGAGAAUAUUCGCCAAGCCUUUCCGCAAGUCGCUCUCUUGUUGUGCAUUUUUCAUGUACUCAGAUGUAUGAGUAGGGAAAUAACUACAAAAAAAAUGAAUAUUUCAGAAGAUCAAAGAUUGAGUGCACUAAAAAUGAUUCAGAAAAUGACUUAUGCAUCAUCCGAGGAAAAAUAUGAAAGCAUUCGCAAUGAAUUUCACAAAGUUAUGCUGGGAACAGAUGUUAAAUAUUUUGAGGCUAAUUGGCAUGGUUGCAGAUAUGAAUGGGUGCAUUGUUGGCAACAGCAAAAUGUAACAUAUGGAGAAAAGACCACUAAUCGUUUAGAGUCAAUUAAUCAUCGAAUCAAAGCUGUUGUUACCCUACUAAGUCCUUUGCCAGUCUUUUUCAAAGAUUUUCUUGCUGUUAUUACAUGCAUGCGUCACGAAAGAGAUCAACACUAUAUAAAUUCAACUGAGCGUGUUACUGAUUGA